AUGUUGCGGUGUUUACUCCUAGCUUCUCUUUAUUGAUGUGGUGGCAUUAAAAAGUGUUCAAUAUAAGUUACGUUUUCGAUUGCAAUCUGCGACCAUUAGAUUAGUUUGAGCUCGUGAUAAAUGAUGGGAUCAACAAUGGAAUAUAUAAAGGACUUGAGGAAUGAUCCGGAUUACCUUAACUACAUCGCUGUAGGUGAAGCACUGAGAAUCCUGAGUGCUGGUUUGCGUCAUUUUACCUCGCUGACGGCUGAAGAACUACAAGAACGCUUAGUGAAUAAAUUAGCAGGAGAGUGUAAUUGCCUAGUUACACCUGGAGUAAAACCCUGUCGUCAUACGUGUAAAUGGGCAAGAGCAUUGGAAAAAAUGCAUGCCAAUAAAAAGAAAAAGUUCGUCCGGUUUUAUCAAAGUGACAACACAGUAUGGCAUGAUCCUAAUGGUUACUGGGAAUUAGCGAAGGUUUUUAUGAACGAUUUAGGAGGAAAGUGGAACGACGUUAAAAGUCCCGAGGACACAGAUUUAACUGGACUCUUAAAUUUCUUAAUAUUUUAUAAACAGUCUAAAGUUCAGCAGCACUUGCUUAUAUCAGUCCGAGAUUUGAGAAAUGAUUUAGCACAUACAAAAAGUUAUAAGAUCAGUGCAUCAGAAAAGCAAGCAGCAUUUGACAGUAUUGACCGCUUAAUGAAUGAUUUUGAAUUAUUAUCGUGUAAAGAAGUUCAAGAUUGCCGUCAAGGAAUCGAGGAAGUAAAAAAUGGUGAUGUUUCUUUUAUACAAGAAAGAGAUGUACUUGUUUUGAAAGAAAUAACAAGACACCAAGAAUUUGAAAAGGAAAGGAUGGCAGAAAAUAAACGAGAAAAAUUGAUGGGCAUGAUUGAAAUGAUCUUAGCUACUUCAAAUACAAACAACCACUAUAACGACGAUAGUUCAGAAAAUGCUAAACACUUUGGCAUCAAAAUCAUCGAGAUCGUUGCAUUUCUCAUAAAAAUGUUAAAAGAUUGCUGUUACAGAAAACGUUUAACAUUUUUAAUCCUCUUCAUGAUACUGUUAUCCUCUGCGAGUGAUAAUUCCGUGUUUGUAGUUGAAAGUGGUUGUUAUCGUCCCAUUAAGCUUUCACCAACUGGCUUCAACGAAUUCGAUUUCACUACUCAUUUGUCAAACAAUCGGGAGAAUUUUUUUGGAAGAAACUGGUUCUUCAGAGACUUGGAUGACAUCUUUCUAAGUAAUUCUGCUCCUCAAGGCGUUCUUAUUAUUGGAGAUCCAGGAUCUGGAAAGUCAGCUCUCAUGUCACAACUGAUUUGUUCACCCUUUUCCAGCUUGGCAAUCUACGAUAACAUCAUUGGGUAUCAUGUCUGCGACUAUUCCGAGAAAGGUAAACAAAAUGGCGCUCGCUUUGUGCGUAAUUUAGUCGGACAAAUUGCAAGUAACUUUCCCGAAUACAAGUCUAUUAUACUUAGUAAGCAACCCAUACAAGCUGAGCUGAAACAUUGUUAUGAAGACCCAAUUGCUUGUUUUUAUACAACCAUAAUUGGACCUCUACAACAUUUAGAAAACCAGCCCGACGUCUUUAAAUAUAUUGUAAUUGACGCACUUGAUGAAUGUGUCGGAGAUACGUCGGCAAUACUAGAUAUUAUUCACUACAAAGUGUCUUACUUCCCAUGGUGGUUAAAAAUUAUCAUAAGUUCACGAAACUCGACCGACGUGACCUCCAAAGUACCUCGUGCGAUAAAACGAAUAUCCUUAAAUCCUGAAAACGACCAAAAUAUUGAAGAUAUUCGUUCCUACAUUUUGCGAUAUUUGAGGGGAAGAACCUCUUUCAUUAACAAGGUGUUCAAUGCAAUCUCACCAUCGAAAAGUACUCACGAACAAUUUCAACAUGCAGAGGGAAAUUUCUUGUUUGUUAAAACCAUGUUGCAGAAUAACGACGGGACGAUCAAUUUUAAUUCCUUACCCAAUAGUCUGCAUGAUAUUUACGACCAGAUAUUUCAACGAUAUUUUAAAAAAGAAGAAGUUGAAAGCUGUGAGAUCUUUUUCGAAGUUCUUUUAGCCAGUGGUUCAAUGGUUAAAGAAGAAUUUUUUGGUGUUUUGAAACGUCAGUAUCAAGGUAAACGGGUGCAAGAUCUUGUGAGCCACUUUUCGUCCUUGCUACAUUUUGGACAAGACGACACUGUUAGCAUUUAUCAUCAAUCUUUUGCUGAGUGGUUGAUUAAUGGCACGAACUACGGUGGGAGAGGGUUUUCAAUCCUUAAAAAUAGAGGUCACGAAUAUAUCAGUAACUUCCUUCUUGACCGUGUAAUGAGCAAUCCGAAUAUCACAUUCAAUGAACUAUCACGAUUAUGCAUGCAUGUUUUGAAGGCUGGUGGCCCAAACGACGAACAUAAAAAGCAGCUAAAAUUUCUCAACAUUACCAAUAUUCGUAAUCAGGAAAAUGAUAAGUGUAUCUUACAUGAACUUGCUGGAACAGAAAACGGUUUUCGGUUGCUGGAAAUAUUCAUUAAAACCUUUCCUUCAAUCGAUAUUUUUGAUCUGGACGGGAAAACACCGGCAUUCUACGCAGCAUCAGAAGGAUUUGUUGAAAACCUAAAGCCUUUCCUAGUUAAAGGAACGUGUGCAAAUUGCAUUCUAAACGACAUAUCUGCAUUGGAUGAGGCUCGAACCUUUGUACAAAUGAAAGGGUAUGAAGAAUUAAGCACAAUGCAUAUAGCAACGUAUCAUGGUCACAUAAAAGUGAUCGAUACUGUCCUAAAACAUAAUGCUUCGUUAAUUGAAUUCGACAAAUAUGUACCGACACUGCUACAACUCGCAGCAGAAAGAGGUCAUUUAGAUCUUGUCAGAUUAUUGCAUAAUUACAGUGCUAAAGCGGACACUCUUUCUCUUCAUCAUGCUGCCGCAAGAAACCAUUUUGACGUCGUGAAUUAUCUUUUGGAGUUCGCUAGUGUAAAAGAUGAAUGUCUGCCUAACUCAGUUCAGGAUAAAAGAUCAUUCUACCAACUCCACGAGAUGUUUUGUGAAACAGCUUUACACGCUGCUGUGUCCAAACGUCAUUUGAACAUAACAAAACUUUUAUUGCAGUACGAUAACUUGGCUCUGAACUGUAAACAUUAUUCAGGAAAGACACCCUUGAUGGAUGCGAUAGAACGAAACGACACGGAAAUGGCCUUGUUGUUAUUGGAAAACGGCGCUAAUGUGGAAGAAAAAUGUGGUAAGGAAAUGUCACCGAGUCUUCUUCGACCAAAAACGACGAACAGUCGGUACUUUUUCGGCAAAAAAUUCUUGUAUACAUUUUAUCGAGAGCAAAAAUCUUGCCCGUGUGGGAAUAAAGCCCUUCAUCUUAGUGCGAAGUAUGGUUUGUGGCACAUGGCGAAACUACUGCUCAACUGGAAUGCUACUAUGACUGACAAAAAUUGUAUUGGCGAGACAGUUUGGAAAAUUGCAAAUGUUUCGCACAAUCAGGACUUCAUUUAUCACGUGAAUCGAAUGUUGUUGCAUUUGGACGAAACUCCCACAUCAGCGACGCAAUUAAAGAGAACUACGUUUAAGAAAUUAUUGAGAAAAUUCUUCGUACGAACAAAACCUUAUCAAUCCAGUUUUCAAUGUGAUUCAACAUUUGAAGGAAUGUCGCCACUGCAUAUCGCAGCACUUAUGGGUGUGGACAUGCUAAAACGUGUAUAUAAAAAAGCUCAAGAAAUCGCCCCAAGUAUACCUAUGAACUGCACGAAUAAACACUGGAUUACUCCAAGAUAUUUAGCGUAUUUUUAUGAUAAUAUUCAUGCUUUGACCGAUAAAAGUAGCCCAAAACAAACUACGCAUAAUAAUAAUGAAUACAAGAAGACCAUGUUGCAAUAUCCUGAUCGCGAAGCCGAGUUUCACAUGAUUUAUAACUAUUUCUUUUAUUCACCGUCACCAGAAUCUAAUGUUCUCGCUUACCGAUCGCUUCCUAGACUUCCAAAUUAUGAACCUACAAACUGUCCUGGAUUCUACGAUCUUCUACCUGAAAGUCAAUUUCUUAGACCAAAGCCAUACUGUCCCCAUGUAAAGGAAAGGGAUGAAAAGUAUCGCGACCCUGCUAAUGCAGACUUGCAGAAAGUGCAAUAUUGUGAAGAAAAUCAACCUCAUUUUUGUUUCUGCAUCGAUGAACUGGAAUUAAGAAUGAUGAUUGAGCGAUAUGCGAUAGAUUGCUUUUGCCCACUUUUUAUGUGGGAACUACAGAAUUGGUUUACCAGACUUCCGAAACACAAUCGUCGAGUCAACCAGUUUAUUGCGGAAAGAAUGGGAUGGAAAGAUUUUCCAAACGGAGUCGGAGAUUAUAUAAAACGAUGGCCUGUGUACUUCCUUUACAAGAAAAUCAAGAAUGAAUAUGAAUCAUACAAAUACCUCGAAAUUUUAAAUGUAGGCUAUAAAAUUGCCGACAUGGAUGAAUAUGACUGAUAAUAAUGCAUGCAUGUCAAACCAUGUCAUGUCAAACAAAAUCAGUUUAAUGAAAUAAUAAUAUAUACAUAUUUAUAUUCCGUACGCACCUUACGCAAACACAGAAAAUAGAGUAUUAAUUAUUCAUGAAAAAUGGAUUUACAGUCUAAGCGCUGCUUUCCACUGUCGCAUUUUUUGCACCCACGUAAAAGCUUAAACUUUGCCUAAAAUUGUUGUAUAAUUAAUUUUAUGCCAGAAAAAAAACACACCAAAUCAUCAACAGAAUCCAACCCUAUGCAUCUAUUCAAUCGUUGAUU